ACCAGUUUCACUCCCCCUCUUCCUCCUUUGCAUCUAAACUCGGAACACAGUGUUCGCGCUGUGUCCUCACAUUCUUAGAUCUCUUUCUCCGUUUUCUCGCCGACGCAAAAAGCAGCAGUUAGGAUCCAAUGGCCGGAAAAGGAGAGGGACCAGCCAUCGGAAUCGAUCUCGGAACCACGUACUCGUGCGUCGGAGUUUGGCAGCAUGACCGUGUUGAGAUCAUCGCCAACGACCAAGGAAACAGAACGACGCCGUCCUACGUCGCAUUCACUGACACCGAGCGUCUCAUAGGCGAUGCCGCCAAGAACCAGGUCGCCAUGAACCCUAUCAACACUGUCUUCGAUGCCAAGAGGUUGAUUGGUCGCAGAUUUAGCGAUCCCUCUGUGCAGAGUGAUAUUAAGUUGUGGCCAUUUAAGGUUAUUUCUGGACCUGCUGAGAAGCCCAUGAUUGUGGUUAACUACAAGGGUGAAGAGAAGCAAUUUGCCGCAGAAGAGAUCUCUUCUAUGGUACUCAUGAAGAUGCGUGAGAUUGCAGAGGCCUAUCUUGGCUCUUCAGUGAAGAACGCUGUUGUUACUGUCCCUGCUUACUUCAAUGAUUCUCAGCGUCAGGCAACCAAGGAUGCUGGUGUUAUUGCUGGUCUUAAUGUCAUGAGAAUUAUCAAUGAGCCUACUGCUGCUGCCAUUGCAUAUGGUCUUGACAAGAAGGCAACAAGCGUUGGUGAGAAGAAUGUCUUGAUUUUUGAUCUUGGUGGAGGUACUUUUGACGUAUCCUUGCUUACUAUUGAGGAAGGUAUCUUUGAGGUGAAGGCUACAGCUGGAGACACCCAUCUUGGGGGCGAAGAUUUUGAUAACAGAAUGGUGAACCACUUUGUUCAGGAGUUUAAGAGAAAGAACAAGAAGGACAUAAGUGGCAACCCUAGAGCUCUUAGGAGGUUGAGGACAGCUUGUGAGAGAGCAAAGAGGACACUUUCAUCUACUGCCCAGACCACCAUUGAAAUUGAUUCGCUGUAUGAGGGAAUUGAUUUCUAUUCUCCAAUUACUCGUGCAAGAUUUGAGGAGCUCAAUAUGGAUCUUUUCAGGAAGUGUAUGGAGCCAGUUGAGAAAUGUUUGAGAGAUGCUAAAAUGGACAAAAGAAGUGUCCAUGAUGUUGUCCUUGUUGGCGGUUCAACUAGAAUUCCCAAGGUUCAACAACUUUUGCAAGAUUUCUUCAAUGGAAAGGAAUUGUGCAAGAGCAUUAAUCCUGAUGAGGCUGUUGCCUAUGGUGCUGCAGUUCAGGCUGCCAUCUUGAGUGGUGAGGGCAAUGAAAAGGUUCAGGACCUACUCCUUCUUGAUGUCACCCCUCUGUCACUUGGUUUGGAGACUGCUGGUGGUGUGAUGACCGUCCUGAUCCCAAGGAACACUACAAUUCCAACAAAGAAGGAACAAGUUUUCUCAACAUAUUCGGACAACCAGCCUGGUGUGUUGAUCCAGGUCUUCGAGGGUGAGAGAACAAGGACAAGGGAUAACAAUUUGUUGGGCAAAUUUGAACUUUCAGGCAUUCCUCCUGCUCCCAGGGGUGUUCCACAGAUCACUGUGUGUUUUGACAUUGAUGCCAAUGGUAUCUUGAAUGUGUCUGCGGAAGACAAAACUACUGGCCAGAAGAAUAAGAUCACCAUCACCAAUGACAAGGGAAGACUUUCAAAGGAAGAUAUAGAGAAGAUGGUUCAAGAGGCCGAGAAGUACAAGUCUGAGGAUGAAGAGCAUAAAAAGAAGGUUGAAGCCAAGAAUGCUUUGGAAAACUAUGCAUACAACAUGAGGAACACUGUGAAGGAUGACAAGAUUGGAGGAAAACUUGACCCAGCUGACAAGAAGAAGAUUGAGGAUGCCAUUGAGCAAUCUAUUCAGUGGCUAGACAGCAACCAGCUUGCCGAAGCAGAUGAGUUUGAGGAUAAGAUGAAGGAACUGGAAGGCAUCUGCAAUCCAAUCAUUGCCAAGAUGUACCAAGGUGGUGCUGGUCCUGAUGUUGGUGGAGCUGGUGCAGGCGAUGAUGACUAUGCUCCCUCUGGUGGAAGUGGUGCUGGCCCUAAGAUUGAGGAAGUCGACUAAAUUUAGUUGUUUUCCUAAAUUAUUAUCUUUGAUGUGUUUUGUUGCUCCUAUGUUUACUUGGUUUUUAUUUUUAGUCUCGAAGACAACUAUUUUAAGUAAUCUAUUUGGUUUGUCUACUUAAAUUUCAGUUGACACGGGUUACUGAAAUAUUUAUACAUUUUGCCCCGUUGGAAUUA